AUGCAAUGCGCCACAUGUGGCGCAUUGCAUCUGACUACGAAAAUUUUCUUUAGUUUAUACACCAACCAAGCUUUGAUGAUCUGCUCUAUCUCUGGCAAUCCAGCUCAAGAGCCAGUGCUGUCGACAAAAUCUGGCCAUGUGUUUGAAAAAAGACUGGUGGAGGAGUACAUUGCGCAGCAUGGAAUGGACCCGAUAACGGGGGAUUCACUAACUUCUGAAGAUUUGGUCGCCAUUCAAGUAUCGGCUUCGGAAAAGCCAUUGGUGGUGCGCGAGUCUGCAUCAACAUCGAUUCCUUCCUUGUUGUCAUUAUUUCAGCGCGAGUGGGAUGCAUUGGCUUUGGAAACAUUUGAGCUACGCAAACAACUCAAUCAAUACAAAAAAGAGCUCAGUCUGGCUUUGUACAAACAGGAUGCAGCCGUGCGAGUCGCCGCAAGCGCUAUCAAACAACGCGACGAGUAUAAGAGGGCUUUAGAGGAGCUCACGAUAAAGCUUGGAAAAGGAGAAGUCGUCGAGUUCGACACACCAGUGGGACAAACUAACGGAUCACAAGCACUGUCUGAAGAGUAUGCUAGUCAAUUACUUGAGGCUCAUUCGCAAUUGUAUCAGCAGCACCGUUCCCAGAAAUAUAAAUCUCCAAUUGACGAGAGCUCAGACAUGAAGUUUACGCUUGAAGAAGACUUCAAAAUAUGGGAUGGACAAAAGAAGAAAACGACUCUUCUUCAAGCAGAAUUCAACCCUGAGAGAACCAAAAUACUACUUGCAUAUUCAGAAAAUGUCGUUGUUGUUUACGAUGUGCUUGAAAAAAAGAUUAGCAAUCGAUUUGCGCUUCCCAAACGAACCAAGUUUAGUUAUUUCCAGUGGCUCGACGAAAAUAAAUUUGUGUACGCUUCCACCGACGGGAUAGUCCAUAUUAUUGAAGGCGAAUCGGAAACCAAGUUUCAAUUGGAAAAAAAGUCAAUUACGAGCAUAUUAUCCCAUCCUCUACUACCUUACCUGAUCAUAGCACAGGACGACAAACUCUAUAUAUUCGACGGAGAAAACAAAUUGUACGAGUCAGAUCCUUUCCAAUCCAAGAUCAGGGAGAUGGCUCUCCAUCAAGAUGGCUUAUUUUUAGGUUUGUGCCUUGAAGAUAACGUCGUUCAAGUAUUUAAUAUUGCGAAAAGCUCUGUCGAGCUUAAUGUUUCCAUUGAUUCGCUUGGCAGUGUCGAGAACAUAGAUAAACUUUUAUUUGCACCGAAUGGCUAUUCCCUGGUGAUACAUUGUUCGACCGACUCGGGCUCGAAAAUCGGAAUAUAUGACUUGAGGAAAGACGCUUUCCAAGCGGUUUUGGAUUCUCCAAGCAGUCCCGUUCUUGCUAUUGACAAAGCUUCCUCAUAUCUUUUCAAUGAUCAGACGGUAUUCAGAUACUAUAAAAAGAGCAAGAAGUGGAGCUCUGAGGUCGCAGAAAUUCCCGAUCUCGCCCGGGAUGUGAUUGUGAAUCUUCAGAUCAAGUCUCUAGAUGAUCAUUAUGAGGUUUUCGCUAUUCUGAGAGACGGCAUUUUGAAGAGGUAUUCGUUGCAAGCAGGUGUAUAG